AAGGCCGAUUCAAAGCCGUACAAAACUGAACACGUUAGCCCACGCUGAAUGCAGCGUGACCAGCCUAUACUGGAAGCAAGACCGCAAGGAGAACAGAAUGCAAGGGGCAACACAUGCUACAACGCCUGCUGUCGCUGCUUUUUUCAUGGCUCUCAUGGUCUCCUGCUUCGCUUUUCCAUAUGAAGAAUGCCUAGAGCACCAGCUCGUACCCGAUGCUGCCAUCAACAAUGCCGUCCUUGCACUCACAAAGGGUGAACACUCGACCGAUGGCUCUGUGUUUGAGAAAUGGAGCUCGGGCCCUCUCAUCGUGAACGUGACAUCAUGGCACUCCAACAUAGAGAACGCUUUACAACCAUUCACGCGAUCCUGUGAAGGAGGAGACACCACGGUAGAUGCAGAGUUUGAGGUCAGCUGGGUCGUGAGUGCACAGAUGUGUGUCGGCGGUAAAGAAGAAGAUGUAUUGGGCGCUGUUGACGUUGUUUUAAGGUCAAGCGGUGGCGAAGGUGCGGUUCCAGUUGAGCAUGUUUUCUGCAAACGAAACUUUCACGCUGCACCCACUGGCUGCGCGGGCGACGUGGCCAGGAACUGCCUCGGCGAGCGUUUACAGCGUCGCUCAUGGAUAUUACGGGGGACCCGUGGACGUUCUCGCCAGCCUGCUUGCUAAACUCUACGCGUUUGAGAUACUGAGCUGGAACUCGGCGCGUUCCGUCAUUACAAAGCUUUUCGUAGACAGAGCAAAUGAAAUGGGCCCUUUUUAUGUAGAGUUUUAGCAGAUUUCUUUUUAUAAUAUCCCGUUCAGGUGACAAGGCUCCACGUUGAAACUGUAGUUUCACUCCAUCUGAGGACCAUGAGAUGCGUACAGCUGCAGAACAGAUGAAGCAUAUUUAAUUAUUAAGUUAAUUUUGUCAGGUUAAGAGAAUGUGAACUUCAUUCUAGAACUCUUUAUACUAACGCCAGGUACGAGAACGUAGACUAUUGUAUGACUAGCACACAUGAAAAGCCCUUGUCCAUACACUCGAGAAAUAUGCUUUAUGAAAAAACGUUGCGAAAUACACUGGACCAAAUGAACCCGCUGUA